AUGAGUAGACUAGGGACGAAUUACAGGGGGUUAGGUAUGAAGAAUUUGAGCGCGUAUACCAGGACUUGUUUUCGAAGGUUUAUCACGUUGAAAACGCGACCGAAAACUGAUGUUAAACUCGGUCAACCAAGUUAUGAAACUCGGAAUCACAUUUUACCAACACCAGGGAAUCUCACUCCCGGAAUCUCGGCAAUUGAGUAUUUUCAGCGGAGGUUGAAACUAGCAGCACAAUUACCAGAUAAGUCGCUUGCAAUUAUUGUAGGCAAUACCACAAAAUUUAGUUCCGGGAGCGUGUUUUAUGAUUUCCAACAGGAUAACGAUUUGUAUUACCUCACUGGCUGGUUAGAGCCAGAUACAGUGAUGGUUUUGGAGAAAAAGGGCAGUCAUGGUCGUGAUGAGGAUGUGGCACUACAUUUGCUUGUACCGCCUAAAAACCCGCUGCGUGAACAGUGGGAAGGUUCGAAAACAGGUUUAGAAGGAGCUUGUGAGUUUUUCAAUGCUGAUAACGUUGAGGAUGUGAGCAAAGCCGCGAGCUAUAUCAAGUCUUUGAUAUCGAGAAACAACACUAUUUUCUACGACAGCAAGUAUCAAGCAAAACCGGCUACGGAAUCUUUGUUUAAACUGUUUUUUGAUUUUGGUGGCGGGAAAGGUAAUGAUUCAAUGAUGUUGAAUGAUAUUAUUUUAAAGUCAGGGAAAUCGAUAAACCCAUUAAGGAAGGUGAUUGAUCGUUUACGUAGCGUGAAGUCAUGUGCAGAAAUAGAAGUAAUGCAUGCAGCCGGGCAGAUUUCGAGUAGGGCGUUCAACAAGGCAAUGGGGAAAGUAGCUUCAGAGAGCCCUAUACAAACCGAAAAGACCCUUGCAAAAUAUUUGGAGUACCAGUUUGUGAAGGGGGGUUGCGACAAACAAGCUUAUAUUCCAGUAGUUGCCAGUGGUCCAAAUGCAUUAACGAUCCACUAUACAAGGAACGAUGAUUUGCUUUACCAAGAUGAAUUGGUGUCUGUUGAUGCAGGUGGGAAACUAGGUGGGUAUUGUUCGGAUAUAUCUCGAGCUUGGCCCAAUUCCUCCAAGGGGUUCAGUGAGCCGCAAAGAGAUAUAUACCAAGCCGUCUUGAACACAAAUAGGAGCUGUAUAGAUCUUUGCCAUGAGGGAUCAAAUUAUUCAUUUCACGACAUUCAUGAAUUCUCCGUUAGAUGCUUGAGAAAAGAGCUUCAGAACAUUACGGGGUUUCAAAAUGUGACAUAUCAAGAUAUACGGGUUUUGUACCCACAUUUUAUUGGACAUCAUCUUGGAUUAGACUUGCAUGAUGUGCCAUCAGUUUCGCGCAAUGAAAGAUUUGUGGAAGGAAACGUCAUCACAAUCGAACCUGGAUUAUACAUUCCAGAAAAUAGCAGUUGGCCCAAACAUUUCCAAGGAAUUGGAGUUAGAGUUGAGGAUGAUAUUGUAGUGGGUAAAACCAGUGAUGAAAUAAUCAAUUUAUCAAGCGGAUGUGUUAAAGAAAUUGCUGAUAUUGAAUCGUUGAUUCGAAAUGGAGUCUCAACCCCUGGUAUAGAUGCCGAAUUGGUUGUCUUGGAUAUUUGA